AUGUGCCGACGAUGCCUCGUUCAUGUUUGCCCUCAACGGGACCGGACGUGCCUGUCCAGCGGUAGCUACCUCCUCAACUUCAAAGGGUGCGGCGAGUGUGGAAAGAUGGAGUUCAUCAAAAUAGCGGAGCUGGAGAAGAACGAGACCGAGACGGACGAGACGGUCACCUACCAGCACCAGUGCAGCGAGUGCAGCCACAAGAUCGCCGACCACGAGUACACCUUCACCAUCGACGGCGAGUACCAGGAGUAUGCCAUGAACUGUGUUCUGUGCGGGUACGGCGAGGACAGGGUGAGCAUCAUGCCCGACGAUCCAGAAAAGAUUGCACAGUACGACAUGUACUGA